AUGCACGGCUUCCCAGAACCGCCGUUAAGAUCCAGUAGUGUUAACAAGGAACAACAGGUAUGCCAUUUAGUUCCGGCAUUUUUAUUGUAAAAAUUAUUUAGAUAAAACUUGAAAGUAUAUUAUUUUUGCAAUUUAUUUUGCAUUAUUUACCACUAAAACGUCAGUUUCCAACAACAUUUCCACCCUGUAAUUCAAACACUUUCAAGGCUGUGAAAGGCUCUCGAGUUUUAACUUGAAAUUAACCUAGUUUUCAACCCAUAAACUGCGAAUUAUAUCAUGAAUUAUAUUUUAAUUUUACAGAAAUGGAGAGAAGCAAUUGGGGUGGUAUUCGCGGCGUUAUUGGCACUCGUCGUCGUGUUUUCAGUGUUAGGUCUCUUUCUGUACGCACGACGAGAUUCGAACUUGUACGAAGAGUUGGUCGACUAUCUCGACAAAACAGUUAGCAUCAGUAAAAUCAACUUCAACCCGGCCAUCGGGACAUACGAGAUUAAAGAACGAGAGGUGCAGACGCUGGCAGAGUCAAGGAAGGUGGGCACAUUAAUAAUAACAUUUAAAACACAAUACAAUAGCUUAAAUUAUUUAAAAAAACUUACAAAUUCUUUUUAGUACAAAACACUGAUCUACUUAUUCUUGGGUUGCGAUGCAGUCACGUUGUUCUUUGUUAGCGUGUCCAUCAUGUUGUUUUACACGGCAGAUGUAGAAAAAGGAACGCUACACGUUGUCUUCUGGCUGUUCUUGAUCAUCGGAUCUGUGUACUCCAUUCUCGAAGCAUCCGCCUUCAGUUUCUUCAUCUUUCCGUACAGUGCCGAGCUUCCAAACGCCACGGAGUCGUUGUUAGAUCACGCUGUGCCUCACAACCCUGGAGGUCUGAUGCAGAUGGAGCACAGACUCGGAUGCACAUUCGAUCAAAAUCUAUAUCAGACAUUCCAACGGAAACUGAACCCAAGGGUGAGAAGAUAUUCUUUUUGAUAAUUUAUUAUUUUUCAUUUUGUUCUUUCAAUCAAAGCGAAAUGAAACUAUUGAUUUCAUUGCGAAACAAGUUUCUGUCGGUAAAUACAAACAAAAUUACCCUAAAUUUACAAAUAAAUUACAGAACACAUGUGACCCAGCAGUGAUUUCUACAUUCAUUCCCCAACCUUUGUUGAUAGCUUUUGUCAUAUUACGAGUGGCAGCUCUCUUCAUCUUCUUGAUUUUGGCAGCAUGCAGAAGACCGGUUGGCGAACCUUUGGCCAAUCUCAUCAACAAAACUAAACCUAAAGGAGGAUAUAAAGCCAAGUGAGUAGACUUUAGGUUCUGCGUUACAAUGCUAUUAGUGUUAUCGCAAUAUUACUUGUGAAACCUUGUUUUAGAUACAUCAAAAACAAGAAAUCAACAUCAAAGAUUGACACUUUGCACACUCCAAAGUCGACUACUUUUGGGACAGGAAAACUGUAAGUAAAACGAGUUGUUGUAUGAUUAUUGUUUGCAGGACUCCACAGAUUUCUUCUCCGGUCUCAAACACAUCUGUUGUUGACCACAACAUCAGGUAUAAAGCGAUGAGCUGCUUAGCUUAAUCUGUUUAUGCUUAAUAUUAUCGCUUACUUUUUUGAUAUUCUUUAAUAUUGCUUGUUAUGUUCGUACUAGAUUGCUUUUUUAAGGCUUAUUAUUUUAACAAAUGUCGCUGCUUUUUAAGCUUUUAUACUGCUAUCUUGUCCUAGAUUACUUAACGCUUGCUGGUAUAAUAUUAGCAUAACAAUUUGUAUUUAUUUUUGUUUUUGCAGUUACAACAAUGCUGCCUACUUUGCUGUAGCGCAUGCUACCGUUCCGAUAGGAUCUUCAAGGAGUAGCGACAUCUCCAGAAGCGACGCCGGUGAUCUCUAUAAAACGUAAGCUUUUUUUAAUUUUAGACGAACUUUGAGUUUAAAAAAGCAUAAAUAAUGUAUUUCUAGUUUUAUCUUAUAUCAAGGUUUCAAUUUACUUCUAAUUUCAGUGGAAGCAUUCACACGCAGAACAGUUUGGUUUCAGAAGUCUGA